AGCGGGCGGGUGACAGCCAUGGCGGCUUUACGGCCUGGGAGGAAGACCCUUCUCCCUGUUCUCUGCCGCGCCUUCACAGGCCGCGGCUGUCAGCUCGCCCCCGAGCGCGGCACCGAGCGCAGGGAUGCGGCGCCCAGCCGGGUCUUCACGUUGAAUAGUUUUUCUGGUUUGGAAAAAGCGUGCCUGUAUACAUGUCACUGACCAAAGAUACGCAGAGAUUACUGUCUGCAGCAGCAACAAGUGGCAAGCAGUUUUUAAAAACUGCACUGCUUUGGAGAAGGACGAUGAUUUGUUUUAGGGAGUCCUGGACCUUGAUUCCAGCUGUCACAUGAAAAUGUUGACUAACGGUGUGGAAUGGGCUGCAGAUGAAAUAAAGAUCUCAAGAUUCUGCCCUCCGAGAAAAUCUUGCCAUGAUUGGAUAGGACCCCCAGAUAAAUAUUCAAACCUUCGACCUGUUCACUUUUACAUCCCUGAAAAUGAAUCACCAUUAGAACAAAAGCUGAGAGAAUUAAGACAAGAAACACAAGAAUGGAACCAACAGUUCUGGGCAAACCAGAAUUUGACUUUUCAUAAGGAAAAAGAAGAAUUUAUUCACUCAAGACUAAAAGCUAAAGGCCUGGGACUGAGAGCUGAAUCAGGUCAAAAAGCAACACUGAAUGCAGAAGAAAUGGCUGACUUUUACAAGGAAUUUUUAAGUAAAAAUUUUCGGAAGCACAUGUAUUAUAACAGGGACUGGUACAAACGUAAUAUUGCCAUCACCUUCUUCAUGGGAAAAGUGGCCCUGGAGAGGAUUUGGAACAAGCUUAGACUGAAACAAAAGAAGACCAGCAGUUAGGAGCCCACCUGGCAUCCGAGUUUCCACGAGAAGCAGCCGCGUAGAAGAACUCAUUUCACACAGGUUCCCGCGCAGGGCAGGCUGGGAGGGUGCGGGUCCUGCUGUGCCGUGCAUGGCCCACGUGGCUCCGUCCUGACCAUGGAUGCCAGGCUGGCUGUCAGUCACAGAAGUGAUGGUAAAUAAAACCCAAGCACAGUGUACUGUUUUCUGUGUUUUUGAAUUAUACCAGUUUGAAAGAGAACAAUAUAAAAAUAUUAAUAAAAUUUCACCGAAAAAUUUGACUCCACUGAUGGGACUGAUUUGGACACUGGCUGCCGAGUGGCCUGUAAGCCUCCUGCAGUGUUAUCACGCCCUCACGCGACCGAUGGGCCCUGGUUAUCGGAGGCCUCGGGUCCAGGCCCUGUGGAAGCGCAGCCGUCCUGGGAGGCUUACACGUGCAGGCCCGGAGGCAAGUGCAGCGUGUGUCAGACCUCAGGAUGUGGAGGUGCCUCAGAGAACUUUUCCCACUCACUCCAGUGAGGCCGAGCCUGUUUCCAAAGUUUUCCUGGACAGCUUGCUGUGGACCAUGCCCCUCUGUUUAACUUUUUGUGAGGUCAGCAUUGUUUAAAAUAGAAUUAUGUGGUUAUAGAAUGGUGAGGCUCAUGAUGAAGAGAUCUUGCAUCUGUAUGAGAUGACGCAUGUUCACUAAACUUACUGUGCUAGUAAUUUGACGAUGUCUGUAAGUCAGAUCAUUAUGCUGCACAUCUUAAACUUACACAGGCUGUGUGUCAAUUACAUCCUAAUAAAACCUGAAGAAAAAAUGAAAAAAAAAAGAUGAGGCUUUGUUUGUACUGCAUCCUGGAGCCGUGGGGGGGGGGGUGCAGCUUGCAGGAGGGACACCUGCCUCAGUGGCAGUGGCCUUCAGAGCCUGUCCUCUGAGCACAGAUGAGGCAUCUGGAAUUUACCCGAAGACACUGGCAAACAGGUUUUAUUCCAAAAUGAGGUGUGACAGCACAGUCAUUAAGACUGUUUCUUCUGUGGCUUAUAAAUUGCUGCCACUGAGGAUGGUUUCCAAGACAGAGUUCCAGAGACAGGGAGCACGUUGUUCCCCACCCCGACCCCGGGCUGUUAAGGUCCACGAGGAGGAGCGAGGGAGAGUCCGGAGAGGAAAGCCCGUGUGCCGAACAUCGCCGAACGCCAUAGUUCCCGGGGAGCGCUGCGCUGGGGCAGUCAGCCCCGCGGCCUGCUAACCCAGGUUGGGGCAGAGGGCCCCAGAGAGCGGGGCACGUGCAGCACGCAGCGUGGAACACGAGGCUUCACAGAAAUAAUGCCGCUGCCUCUGCUGAACACAGCCUGUCACCAGCCCAUGUGACACUGUGUGCAUCUGCCAAGAAACCAGGGGAAAGUGAUAACCAGCAGGGUUGGGACCGGGAGGGGCGCUGGGGUCCUUGUGAGCCAGCCCGGAGGCGUGAAGUGCUUUCUAGCUUUUGAUUCCUUCUCCUGUCCCACCAGUUUCAUUGAGUGGCUUCCAUGUCAUUUAAAGUUCUUCUGACAACUUCCAGCAGUGUCGUUUCUAAUUAUUUUUGCACCUCUAUUCUUGGAGAUUUCGAGGGUGACUUUCCAUAGUAACCAAUUGCAAACUGUUAAAGAUACACUGAGUUACAUGUUCCCAACUCUGGAGGCAGAGGGAGACUAUGGAAAGGGGGUGUGUGUUUGUAACCGGUGGGACUGCUGAACAACCACGCAGACACAGGUGUCCUGAGUCGCCCUCUGAGAUGUUAAGGUCUUGUUGUCCCCGAGCUGUUAGCCAGCUGCUCCAGAUAGCUUAUUUACGGAAUCACUGAGCAAGUGGAUUCUGCCCUUUAGCUGGUGGCUCAGUGACCCACUACCGGUAUGACCACGUACGGAGCUGUUACCCGCUGUAGCUCUUCCCUGCACGUUUCAUAAUUUACCUCAAGAUCCUCAGGGCUCCUAGAACCAAGCCUCUUGAGGUUUCAAGGAACAGAAACUUAAUUAAGCGAGUGCUGAUCAAGGGUUGGGGGCAGGUAACUGGUGGAAGCCAGAGAGCUCCGGACACAGACCACCUGGGCCUCUGCAUUCGGGAAAGGUCUACAGCUGGGGAACAGUAUGUCCCCGGUGUCCGGCAGGGACGGCCUUCGGACCACAGGCUGGGCCUGGGGCAGGUCCCUGUUCAGUGGGUGGGCAUGGGGUCCACAGUGUGACUGAGGUAACGCAGCGCCGAACAGAGACUCGAGGCUCUUACCCCACCCCAAGGCCCCUCACGUCUGAGGCCCAGAGGUGCUGCUGUCACAGUUCCAGGGAAGAGCGACUCCAAGAUGGAAGGCAAACGUGUUCUGUGUUCAGACAAAGGAAGCACAAGUGCUCCUUAGACUUUGUAAAGUAAAAACUGUGAAAGGAAAGUUUCCCUUGAAAAUGGUCAGAAGGAGCAGCGCCCGGCAGUGGCAGCGUCCUGGGCUGGGAGGUGCGGUGGGAGUGGCAGGUAUCUCGCCGCCCUGGGGCGGGCGGGCGGCAGAGGCCACAGUGGAGGGCACCCCCAAGGCCCGUGUCCGGAGUCAGAGUGCUUCUCCUCAGACUCUCUGCUCGGCGUCGGUUCCAUGGUAGUCAGACACUGAGGCCUGGCGGGAGAGUUUUAGCAACUCAAGACUUAGUGUAGUUGAAACACGGUAACCGUGUGUCAUCUUUUUUAACAAUUCAGUGUCAAAAUGGUUACUCAGCUCAUGGUGUUAGUGAGUUUCUAGGUUCUUAAAUGCUGAGUAAAUUAAGGAAGAUAUAACAAUGCUGUUUUCCUCUUUCUUGAAUUCUUAAACAUUUACCAUUAAAUGACUAUGGUAAAUGUUACUUCAGAUCAUAACAAAUCCAAAUAAAUUUAAGCUAAGGUUAUUUUGAUCCUA